UGGGCCUGAUCGAGAUAGCGCCCUGCAACGGGACCUCCCGCCGUCGAUGUGGGUGCCUGCCUGGGUCCUUCUGCCGGAAGGGGAUGGGGGCCGAGGACUCCUCCUGCUCGGACUGCGAACCCCACGCCGCCUGCCCUCCCGGGCAGGGGGUGAUUCAUCCCGGGGAUCACCUUUCGGACACGCGAUGUGGCAAGUGUCUGCCCGGCACGUUUUCAAACAGAACAUCCACCACCGAACGGUGUGUGCCCCACACCAAUUGUUCUGCCCUGCGAAGGCUGCAGCGGAUGGCGGGUAACGGAACCAGCGACAGCGUGUGCGGGGAGAAAGACGGAGACGUGGCACGCCGGGAGUCGUCCCAGCAACCCGGAGGCGUCCGACCCCGCACUGACGGUACGGAGUCGACCCCCGACUGGGUCCUGAUCAUGCUCCUGUUGGUCGCCCUGCUGGCCGUGACCGCCUGCCUCCUGCAGGGCACCCGGAAGCUCCGCAGGUCCCUCCACGUCUCCUGCUUCAAGAGCGUCUUCAAGUCUUGCGUCGUUGACCCAGAGGCUCACCACGCCGACCAGCACUCUCCGGAUGCCACCCGGUCCGAGGAUUUCCUCUUCCCGCCGGCCCCCGCCGUCGGGACGGAGGCCCCCGCUCCGCAGGAGGCCUGCCUCGCCGGCCCCCCCUCGGCCUCCUCCCCCCAGGAGGAGCUGCUCCGCGGCAGGGCACAGGAACCGGUGGCGAGGCCCGGGGCCACACACGGCGCAGUUGAGGGGAUCGAGUCCGGGGGCGAGCAGGCAGCCGGCUUCGUCGGCCCAGUGUUCAUUUACAACCCCGCCUGCGUCUACAUGGGACUGAUUCAGAGCCGGGAGCUGACGGACGCGGCCGCCGAAGAGGAGGAGGAGGACGAGGACGAGGCGGAGGCGGCGGUGGAGGAGAGGGGGGAGGCCGAGGCCAGGAGCCUUCCCUACCCCCAGCAGGAGGCGGGGGGCCGCGGGACCCUGCGGCAGAGCGGCCCCCGGCCCGAGCAGGAGACGGGCAAGGGGGAGCACCUCUCCGAGGAGGCUUCCGAGGUCCCCUGAGGGGCGGGGGAGGGGGGAGGAGGAGGCGUAGGCAGAGUGGAGUGGGGAGGGGGAGUGAGAGAGAGAAUGUGAGUGUGUGUGUGUGAGAGAGAGAGAGAGACAGCGAGGGUGCGUGGGAGAUGGAGUGAAUGAGGGGGAGAGUGAAAGGAAGAGGGUGGGAGAGUGUGAGGCGGAGGGCGUGAGAGAGAGAGAGCACUGGCUUCAGAGUGGAGAGGGGAGUUGUCCCGUAUCCCUCUAAACCUUUCCUAUCCAUGUCCCUGUCCGAGUGUCGUUAAUGUACCUGCCUUGACAACUUCCUCCGGCAGCUCCUUCCACAGAUGGACCACCCGUAUCCCUCUAAACCUUUCCUAUCCGUGACCCUGUCCGAGUGUCGUUAAUGUACCUGCCUCGACCACUUCCUCCGGCAGCUCCUUCCACAGACGGACCACCCGUAUCCCUCUAAACCUUUCCUAUCCGUGUCCCUGUCCGAGUGUCGUUAAUGUACCUGCCUCGACCACUUCCUCCGGCAGCUCCUUCCACAGACGGACCACCCGUAUCCCUCUAAACCUUUCCUAUCCGUGACCCUGUCCGAGUGUCGUUAAUGUACCUGCCUCGACCACUUCCUCCGGCAGCUCCUUCCACAGACGGACCGCCCGUAUCCCUCUAAACCUUUCCUAUCCGUGUCCCUGUCCGAGUGUCGUUAAUGUACCUGCCUCGACCACUUCCUCCGGCAGCUCCUUCCACAGACGGACCACCCGUAUCCCUCUAAACCUUUCCUAUCCGUGUCCCUGUCCGAGUGUCGUUAAUGUACCUGCCUCGACCACUUCCUCCGGCAGCUCCUUCCACAGACAGACCACCCUCCGGGUGAGAAGUUGCCCCAAGGGUCCCUGUUAAAUCUCUCUCCCCCUCUCACCUUCAACCUGUGCCCUCUGGUUCUCGAUUCCCCGACCCUGGGGUUAAAGUCUGUGUACAUUCACACUGUCUGUAGCCCCCCCCCCCCCCCCCGUGGUUUUAUACCCCUCUGUAAGGUCACCCCUACGCUCCAGGGAAUAAAGUCCCGACCUCUCUCCAUAACUCAGUCCCUCGAGUCCCGGCAACUUCCUCGUAAAUCUCCCUCUGCACUCUUUCCAGCUCCGCGGCAUCUUUCCCUCAGCAGGGCGACUGAAACCGAACACCGUACUCCACGCGCGGCCUCACCGACGUCUCGUACAACUGGGACGUGACCCCCCGACUCCCGUACUCAGUGUCCCGACUGAUGAAGGUCAGCGUGUCGAAGGUGAAGGUCACUGUCCUGUCUACCCGUGACUCCACUUUCAGGGAACCGUGUCCCUGUACCCCUGGGCCCUCUGUUCCACAACACUCCCCAGGGUCCCCGUCUACCCGUGACUCCACUUUCAGGGAACCGUAUCCCGGUACCCCUAGGUCCCUCUGUUCCACGACACUCCCCAAGGUCGCUGUCUACCCGUGACUCCACUUUCAGGGAACCGUGUCCCUGUACCCCUGGGUCCCUCUGUUCCACGACACUCCCCAGGGUCCCUGUCUACCCGUGACUCCACUUUCAGGGAACCGUGUCCCUGUACCCCUGGGUCCCUCUGUUCCACGACACUCCCCAGGGUCUCCGUCUACCCGUGACUCCACUUUCAGGGAACUGUGUCCCUGUACCCCUUGGUCCCUCUGUUCUACAACACUCCCCAGGGUCCCUGUCUACCUGUGACUCCACUUUCAGGGAACCGUGUCCCUGUACCCCUGGGCCCCUCUGUUCUACAACACUCCCCAGGGUCCCCGUCUACCUAUGACUCCACUUUCAGGGAACUGUGUCCCUGUACCCCUUGGUCCCUCUGUUCUACAACACUCCCCAGGGUCCCCGUCUACCUGUGACUCCACUUUCAGGGAACCGUGUCCCUGUACCCCAGCACACAGAACUCUCCAGAAUCUCGAUCGCUCACCGGGAGAAUGUGACCCCCACCUCUCACUCUGUGCUCCGAGCCCUUUUUAAAAAAAUCUUUUUUGUAACCUCUCAGGGAUACCGUGCGAGACAGACCCUCCCCUGGACCUCCGCGUUUGGGAGGGAUACGGGGCGAAUGCGGGCGGGGGAGAAGGAGGGACCCGACCUCCCCACCCGGCGUUACGCGGGUGACUGAAUCGGCCCAGCGCCCGGCUCCGGUCGCUCAGACAGCGGUUUGGGGAGGGAGAGGGAACUCAUUGGCAACGGGGUUGUUAAGUAACCCCCUUUUCUUGUAAAUAAUAAAUAGAGUUUUUUGCUA